GUCGUGAUGAUCUAUCACCCUCGAGCAGUCUGAAUGGCUUCUCAACCAGCGAUGCUAGUGAUGUUAAGAAAAUCAAAAAAGGUCCUGCGCCCCGUUUACAAGAGGAACUGUGUCUGGUGUGUGGUGAUCGGGCGUCAGGUUACCAUUACAACGCACUCACCUGUGAAGGCUGUAAGGGUUUCUUUCGACGGAGUGUUACCAAAAAUGCGGUGUAUUGUUGUAAAUUUGGUCAUGCCUGCGAAAUGGACAUGUAUAUGAGACGCAAAUGUCAGGAAUGUAGGCUGAAAAAAUGUUUGGCUGUGGGCAUGCGGCCGGAAUGUGUGGUGCCCGAAAACCAGUGUGCAAUGAAACGACGCGAAAAGAAGGCGCAAAAAGAGAAGGAUAAAAUACAGACCAGUGUGUGUGCAACGGAAAUUAAAAAGGAAAUACUCGAUUUAAUGACAUGUGAACCGCCAUCACAUCCAACGUGCUGUUACCCUGAAGACAUUUUGGCUAAAUGUCAAGCUCGUAAUAUACCUCCUUUAUCGUACAAUCAAUUGGCAGUUAUAUAUAAAUUAAUAUGGUAUCAAGAUGGCUACGAACAGCCAUCCGAGGAAGAUCUCAAACGUAUAAUG